AUGAAGACUCUUCUUCUUCUUCUUCCUCUCCUCCUUGUUUCGAGGCCAGUUGGCGGGGGGAAAUGCCACCCCGACGACGAGGCGGGGCUGCUCGGCUUCAAGGCCGGAAUCCCUGCCGACCCAACGGGCUUGCUCUCCUCCUGGAAGCGCGGAACCGACUGCUGCGUCUGGAACGGGGUGACCUGCAGGGAAGGGACCCGAGUCACCGAGCUCAGCCUGUACGGCCGACCCGAAAUCCCCGAGUCUUACCUCUCCGGCCACAUCUCCCCCUCCCUCGCCCUUGCCGGCGAGCUCACCGGCCUCUACCUCCACGACCUCAAGAACCUCACCGGCCCCUUUCCCGCCGCCGUCUUCCGCCUCCCUAAACUCGAGUUCCUGUACAUCGAGAACGCCGCUCUCUCCGGGGUCAUCCCCGACCUCAGCCGACUCGCCGACAGGCUCGGGGCGCUCAGUCUCGCCGGGAACCGAUUCUCCGGGCCCAUCCACCGGUCUAUCACGCGGCUCUCCAAGCUGACCCAGCUCGUCCUCAGCCGCAACCAACUCGCCGGCGGCGUCCCUCCGCCGGUGGGUCGACUCAAGAGCUUGUCCUUCCUCGCCCUCGACCACAACCGCCUCUCCGGCACCAUCCCCGACCUUUCCCCUUUGAGGGAGCUGUAUACUCUCAGGCUUUCCCACAAUCUCCUGGUCGGCGUUAUCCCGCCAUCUCUCGCCGCCCUUGCUCCCCACCUCGCCUACCUCGAGUUAGGUCACAACAGGCUGACCGGGGAGAUCCCCACCUUCCUGGGGAGCUUCACGAAGCUAGAUACUCUCGACCUCUCCGGCAACCGCCUGACUGGUCCAGUACCGGGGAGCUUCAGGAACCUGAGCAAGAUUUUCAACCUCGACCUCUCCGGUAACUCCCUCGUCGACCCUUUUCCGGGGAUGGCGGUGAAGGGGAUCGAGUCCCUCGAUCUCUCCCACAACGACUUCCACCUGGGGAAGAUCCCCCGCUGGGUCUCCUCCUCUCCUAUCAUCUACUCUCUCAAGCUCGCCGGCUGCGGGAUCAAGAUGAGGAUGGAGGACUUCAGGCCGGCGGCUACCUAUUUCUACGACUACAUCGAUCUCUCCGGCAACGAGAUCACUGGGAGCCCGGCGGAGCUGCUGAACCGGACUGAGAUGCUGCUGGGUUUCCGGGCGGCGGGUAACAAGCUCAAGUUCGACGUGGCCGCACUGCCACUGCCCAAAACGCUCCAAGAGCUUGACUUGUCGAGGAACCUGGUCUACGGUAAGGUCCCCGCCGCGGCCGCCGGCAUCAAGGGGCUCAACGUGAGCUACAACCACCUCUGCGGGCGUCUCCCGCCGACGAAGCUCCCGGCGUCGGCUUUUGCGGGCAAUGACUGCCUCUGCGGCCCCCCGCUGCCUCCUUGCCGCCGCCCCGGUUAG